AUGAAGACCGAUCAUCCAAUCGUCAAAGAGAGGAUCUACCCUCGCCAGGAUACAAGAGUCAUUAUACCUGCGAAGGUGAACUCAAUACGAACCAGGAACCUCUACUUACGCCCCCUAGAACUCGCCGACGCCGCAGAUCUUUUUGAAUUCCGAUCGCGACAAGAUGUCGCAGACUGGCUGUGGUCCAAGAUCCCCCACCGAAACAUCCAAGAAACAGAAGCAUAUAUCCGCAAGAAGAUCUUCACGACCCCCGAUGCAUCCGGUGCCCUUGGACGCCAAUUCACUUUCGCUAUGAUUUCCGGCACCGACCCAACGCAAAAGGUCAUCGGGGCCGUGGGUAUAAAUGGUCUCGCGCCGUCUCCGUCAAUUGGAUACGGCAUUCACCCUGAUUUCUGGGGUAAAGGGUUUGUGAGCGAGGCAGUCGCAGGAGUUGUCGAUGCGUGGAAGCUUCCCCGGAAAGAGCCAGAGUCGGAAUCAGAAUUAAGUAGCGGGCCGGAGAAGUUAUUUGCUGCGUGCAAUAAAGCCAAUAUUGGUAGUGUCAAAGUACUGCAGAAGAAUGGGUUUGAAAUCAUCAAUGAGGCUCAUUUGGAGGGGGAUACAGUUGUAUCAUUUGCGCUAAUGAGGCCGAGUACCUAG